AUGGGUAACUCAGUGGUCGACAUCAUGCAAGACUCGGUCCUCGGACAGAUUAUCAGAGUGAUCACCCGCAACAAAGUCUUUGGCUUUCCCGAGGACGACCCCAACUUCAAGAUACCGUGGGAGGAAUUAUCUAUAACCGAAAAAGAGAAGGAAAUCGAAGCAGAAGCCGAAGCAGAAGCAGGCAGCAACGUCGAUCUCGACAUGGACAACAAACCCGCCCUUGUACAAGAUGGCCAUGGAGCCGCUUAUGCUCCGACUCAGGAACCCGCCUUGCCUCAUCAUGGCCAAUCCGCCACACAUGAAGACUUGGACAUGGAAGCUCGUGACCACGGCCUGACAACCAUCCCCACGGCUCGCUCAACGGCCUCCUCGCACUCCCACAUCGGAGUCGUGACAACACGAACAAACACUCGCGAGCGAACCCGCCCUUGGAGCCGCGAACGGUUCGAAACCGAACAGGCCGAAUCCAUGGAACGCCAGCAGAGCAGUGUGAUUGCUCCCCAACGCACCGCCGACGGCGUCAUUCUUGUCGAUUGGUAUACCACGGACGACCCGGCCAACCCCCAGAACUGGGGCAGUUGGAAAAAGGCCUGGGUGGCUGCUGUUAUUUUCAUGUACACUUUUGCCGUGUAUGGCGCCUCUGCCAUUUAUACUUCGGCAGAACCGCAGGUCAUGGCUAAAUUUGGUGUUGGUGACACUAAGGCCGCGCUCGGGUUGAGUAUGUAUGUGUUGGGAUAUGGAAUGGGGCCGAUGCUCUUCUCGCCGCUUUCAGAGUUACCGGCAAUUGGACGCAAUCUGCCCUAUGUCGUAUCGUUCGGCCUGUUUGUGAUUCUGUGUAUUCCCACCGCAUUGGCCGAUAGCUACGCCACGCUUUUGGUGUUGCGGUUCCUGACGGGGUUCAUGGGCAGUCCGUGUCUGGCUACGGGGGGUGCUACGAUGGGUGAUAUGUACUCCCUCCUCAAACUUCCAUACGCCCUGACGGCCUGGGUCGCCGCGGCAUUCUGCGCGCCCGCCAUCGGCCCGUUACUUUCUGGAUUCAGCGUCGUGGUCAAAGGCUGGCGCUGGGCACUGUGGGAAGUGCUGUGGUGUUCGGCCCCGAUUUUCGUAUUGAUGUUCAUCUCCAUGCCGGAAACGAGCGCCGCCAACAUUUUGUUGAGACGAGCCCAACGUCUGCGCAAACUCACCGGCAACCCGAACCUCAAAUCCCAGGGCGAAAUCGACCAGGGAAAUAUGACGUUUAGGCAAGUGGCCGUGGAUCAACUGUACAAGCCGAUUGAGAUCUGUGUCAAGGAUCCGGCGGUGGCGUUUACAAAUGUUUAUACGAGUUUGAUCUACGGAAUCUAUUACUCUUUCUUCGAAGCCUUUCCCCUCGUCUACAUUUCCAUCUACAACUUCAACAUCGGACAACUCGGUAUCGUCUUCACAUGCAUGGUGGUCGGCUGCAUGCUCGGAAUCAUCAUCUACUGUUCCUACGUGUACUGGUAUCUCGAGCCCGAUAUCUUGGCACAUGGUCUCCGGGCCCAGGAACAUCGCCUUGUCCCCGCACUGUUUGCAGUCACAUUGAUGCCCGCGGGUAUAUUUUGGUUUGGAUGGACGGCUGACCCCAAAAUACAUUGGAUCGUGGGGAUCAUUGGGAUUACGUUUUAUGCUGUCGGCGCCUUUUUGGUCUUUCAGUGCAUUUUCAUGUAUUUGCCCCUCACGUAUCCGAGGUAUGCGGCGAGUUUGUUUGCGGCGAAUGAUCUGUGUCGGUCGGCGUUGGCGGCCGGCGCAAUUGUUUUUGCGAGACCCCUGUAUAAGAAUCUCGGCGUGGGGAGGGGCAUUAGUGUCUUGGGCGGGUUGUUGGUCGGUGGUGUCCUGGGCACUUGGGCCCUUUGGUAUUACGGGGCGAAGUUGAGGGCUAGGAGUAAGUUUGCGACGAAAUAA